AAUGAUACGCACAGUUAUACGAGAGUUUGAUGAUGGAUGAGGGGGGGGGUCGAUGGUUGUUUUUCAGUAAAAGGUGCCGAGGGUCAUGGCGGGUACAGAUUGUAGGUGGUAUUGGUACUGUGGAUCAUAAGCAGACCGAUGAUGGUAGUUCAUGGGAGCAGUACUUGUAGUAGUAGUAGUAGUAGGAUUAUGAUUAUUAAUGGUAGUGGUAGUGGUAGAAGUAGUAGUUGUUGGUGCACUGGAACGUUGCUGGACAGUCGUUCCGGUAGCAAUAGCAUUUGAAGAAGAAGAAGAUAAUUGUUGCGCUGAAGUGCCAACAAAAGCAUUUGGCGGUGUUGUUGUUGUUGUUGGCAUGGCAGUAGUACUCAUAAAUCCGUUGCUAUCCGAGUUAUUGCUACUGGUUACUGACAGUGAAGACGACAAUGCCUGUUGUAGCUGUUGUUUUUUGGUACUCGUAGAUCCCUCGCGUUCCUUUUUCUGACGACGCCACUCUUUGCGCAUUUCCUUAAAUUCGGCGGGAUGGCGUUUGGGACCCUACA